CCAGGCAGCUCUCCGAGCGGGGGCGCGGGGGUCGGGUGCUGGCGUGACUCCGGGGGUCCCGGAGGGGAGGACUGCGACGCGGACGCCCGGGGGAGGCGGAGAGGGGCAGAGAGAAGAGAAGGGCCCGGAGGUCAGACCCUGGGGGCAGGCCUGGGACGCCCCCGACGUGACUUCUCUGAUGAGCUGCGGACCCCGCGCUGGGAACGCCUGUGGCCUGGAACCAGUCUCUGGUUCUCGGAGAUUCGGGAACUCCUAAUUGCGGUUGACGCAGCCCGGGUGCUGCAAUCGCCGUCUCCGCGGGCCGCACGGGGAGGGAGGGGCUGCUGAUGUGGAAUAUGAGGCACCUGUUUUCCUUGCCCCAUCCCUGGUCCCGACCUUCCCUGGCGCCCUCCCCUGGGCCAGUCGGGGAUUUCCUGAGCCCCGCAGCUUCCCCGGGCUCCUCCCCAGGGUCGGGUGACACCUGGGAGUUAGUUGGGAGCCCCCAAAGUGUGGUGCACUCUGAGAUCCAAUCUGGGCGGCUCCCCGAAGUGGGUUUCCUCCAUCACCAUCCUUGGUGGUCUCCCCUCACCCCAGUCUCCUCUGCUGCCUUGUUUCCUGACUUCCGCCUUAUAUAAUCUGUCCAUUUUUCGUUUCCACGCUGCCAGGACGCCUGCAAGUCUCCUGGUGGUCCUUUCCAUCUCCAGUCCCCCUGACCUGGGAAGGCCAACCUGCCACCCCAUGCAGCCCGAGGGUUCGGGCAGAGGCAGGGCCCCACCCCCUCCUCCUCCCUCCCUCCCAUACGCCUUCAGCCCAGAUGCUCAGCCUCUUCAGCUCUGGGGCCUCUGACGCCCAGGGGCUCCCACAUCCACACUCUUUCGUGGUUCCUUUGCCUUAAAUGCCUGUCCUGCUCUGGUCUCUGCCCUCACCUGGGGGAGGCUUCCCUCCUUUCCCUUCCGCAGGUCUCUUCUCCAGACCCCAAACCCAUCCUGACCCAGGCUCUGACCUCCCCUGCCCAGGUACCUGCUGGAGCAGCGAGACGUGGAGGUACUACGCCUGCCUCUGUGGACAUGAAGAGCUGGUGCUCUACCUGCUAGCCAACGGAGCCCGCUGCGAGGCCAACACCUUCGAUGGGGAGCGCUGUCUCUACGGGGCACAGAGUGAUGCCAUCCGCCGGGCCCUGCGUGACUACAAGCAGGUGACGGCCUCCUACCGGCGGCGGGACUGCUACUACCGCUUCCUGCUGCGCCUCCUGGAGCAGGGCAUCCACAGCGACGUGGUCUUCUUGGUGCCCGGGAAGUCCUUCCCGGCGCAUCGCUGCAUCCUGGGGGCUCGCAGCACCUACUUCGCACACAUGCUCGACACCAAAUGGAAGGGCAAGAGUGUCGUGGUCCUCAGGCACCCUCUGAUCAACCCCGUGGCCUUUGGGGCCCUUCUGCAGUACCUGUACACAGGCUGCCUGGACGUCGGUGUGGAGCACGUUGGUGACUGUGAGCGUCUCGCCAAGCAGUGCCAGCUGUGGGACCUGCUCGGCGACCUGGAGGCCAAGUGUGAGUUGGCUUCCAAGCCAGGCACAUGUGUGAAGGUGCUGACCAUCGAGCCUCCCCAGGCAGACCCCCGGUUGCGGGAGGACCUGGCCCUGCUGGCCGACUGUGCCCUGCCCCCCGAGCUCCGGGGUGAUCUUGGGGAGCUGCCGUUCCCUUGCGACGGCUUCAGCAGCUGUCCUGAUGUCUGCUUCCGAGUGGGCGGUUACAGCUUCCUCUGUCACAAGGCCUUCUUCUGUGGCCGCAGUGAUUACUUCCGGGCCCUGCUGGAUGACCACUUCCGAGAGAACGAGGAGCUGGAGGCCUCAGGCGGCCUCCUGGCCAUCACCCUGCACGACAUCUCACCCGACAUCUUCACCCACGUGCUGUACUACAUCUAUGGCGACCACACCGAGCUGCCUCCCGAGUUGGCCUAUGACGUGCUGCGUGUGGCCGACAUGUACCUGUUGCCAGGCCUGAAGCAGCUGUGUGGCCGUGGCCUGGCCCAGCUGCUGGAUGAGGACAGCGUGGUGGGCGUGUGGCGCGUGGCCAAGCUGUUUGGCCUGGCGCGCCUGGAGGACCAGUGCACGAAGUACAUGGCCAAGGUCCUCGAGAAGCUGGCGGGGCAGCGGGACUUCGUGGAGGCUGUGAGGGAGGAGGCCGCGGCCGUGACAGCCCGGCAGGAGACGGACUCCAUCCCGCUGGUGGACGACAUCCGCUUCCACGUGGGCAGCACGGUGCAGACGUGCAGCGCCAUGGAGCAGGCAGAGCGGCGGCUGCGGGUGCUGGAGGACCUGCUGGUGUCCAUCGGCCUGGACUGCUGACGGCUGCACACGUGGUGGCUUGUGAGCCUGGGGCAUCACUGUGCCGGCAGGGGCUCGGCCGCACUCCCCUCCCCUCCGUGCCUGGGGACCCCGGGGAGGGUCACCUUGGGAUGAGGCCUCUCCUGCAGCACAAACCAGCCCCAAGGCCUUGGGGCUGGGCACCACUCAGGGAAACCUGGCGGGCGGUCUCUUAGGGCCUCCCUCCCCCAUCCCGCCUGCUCCUGGCCCCUCCUCGCAUGUUUUCCUGGGCCGAGCGGGGCAAUAAAGCUUGAAUUCACCGUGGGAGCCUGUGUCCCAGGGACAGGGUGGGGGGAGCUCGGGUCAGGGCCCCGCGUCUGGGGGUCUGAGUAGGCAGCCCCUCUGAUGACCAGACUCCCCUUGGGGACAGGGUUCCCCCUUGGUGGUCCUGGGGGUUUCGCGGGGCCAGAGGUGUGUUUGCCCUCAGAUGAGCUAAGGCGGGGCUUCUGAGCUCACUUACUGAGCCAGCUGCUGCUCAGACCACUGUGGGGCCUCAGCCCAGCCUGCAUCUUGGAGAGCGGGGCCCCAGCUAAGCGGACCCGGCCUGGCUCCCUCCACCCGCCUCGGCCACUGGCCGUGGUGCGCAUUGGUCCAGGGGGUGCUGAGGAUGGAAGCCACUGUUUUUCCCUCAGCUCAGGGCCUGCUUCUAAGUGAACACUUGAAUCAAAAAAAUUUUCCAUACAUUUUACUGGGAAAAAUUAUGUGCAUUCUAUUCCAUCGCAAGAUCCCGACGUUUUUCACAUUGGGGAAAAAGAGACCAACCGUUAACAGAGUAAGCAAAAACAGAAAAGAAGAACGGCUUGUAUAUAAAGUGGAGUGUAAGGGCGGAAGAGGGCCUGCCCGGCGGGGCAGGGCCCACAGACAGACCAUGCUCUGCUGAGUCCUGGGGGACUGGAGCAAAAGACAACCAGGAAUCCUGUUUCGAAAUGUCAAUAUUUGGUUUAUCAUUAAUUUUGAUUUAAAACUAAAGUAUUACAUUAAAAUAUUGCUUAUUUUGAUUACUAAGAUUUUUGGUGCACCCUUAAGUUGUGUGCCCGAGGGGAGUGCCUCACUUGCCUCACCCUAGUCCUGGCCCUUACCCAAAGAUGUAUUUUCUAACCCAUCCUGUAAUAUUCUUCCCACCUGCAAAAAAAAAAAAAAGGCAUGCAUAUAUGUUCGCUCCUCUACCUGGAAAACUCCUACAUAGUGUCCGCCUCACUGCAGCAGAGGGAGGAGGGGUGAGGGUGCCGUCACAAAGUUAGGAGUGCUCUUGCCAGGGGCAGCCUUAAUUCCUGGAGCGUUCUGCUAGCAUAAAAGUUUCUCACUUCGGUAAAAGUCUGAAGCACAGCCUCAGGCAGGGACUUCCGAAGGAAGGGGCCCUGGAGCCA